CCUUGCCACAGUUAACCAACCGAUCCGAACCACAGUACCACAGUACUGCAGUGCAGUACACAUCCAAUUUAAUCGUCCACGGAUUAGCAUUAGCGCUAAGCCCCCAAUUUUGUGGGCAGGUGCAAAGCUAAUUAAACUGUGAACUGUUUUCACGUCAAUAGUAAUCGCGAAAACCAACAUAAUUCGAAGCAAUUUGCUCACCUCAGCGUGGAAUUCGCGAUUGCGCACUCGAAAUUGGUGGAUUGUAAAUACGGUGUUUGAGUACCACGAGGGAAUACCCCUCCGGCCCCUUCACCAAAAUCAUAGGCAAUAAAAGUGAAAGAACUACAUUGUAUUCGCAAACAAAUUGUUGAUUAAUCGACGGGAGAAAGGAUAUUCGCUUGAAGCUACUAUGAUCAGGGCACGAGAUCUUCUGCUCUUGGCCCUUUUGGGAUUCGUCUCGAGUGCAUUCGGCCUAAAAGUUUCCUCGGGCUACCAAAUAGUCCACAAUCAUCCUCAGCCAUCUUUUCCCAAUUAUCAUGGAUUUAGUUACCUCCAAGGCUCAGCUCCUUAUGUGAUUGGGAAUAGCCUUCCCACAUCACCAGCUCCUCAGCAUCCAUUUUCAUCACCUGCAAGUCCUCCAGUUUCAGCCUACGGUUACAGUUUUCCCACUGCUGGUCAAGUGUCAUGUGCUGCUCCACCUGCAGUUUGCGAGAAGACUUCCUACCGCACGCUGGACGGAUCCUGCAAUCACCUCGAGCGUCCUGGCUUGGGAGUGGCCAACUCCAGGUAUGGUCGCCUGCUGACACCAAAGUAUGCUGACGGUAUAUCGGCACCCACAAGAUCUGUGACAGGAGACGAACUGCCCAGUGCCCGACUCGUCUCACUGGUGGCUUUCGGGGAGCAGGAUGUACCCGAUCCAGAGUACACGCUCCAUAACAUGCAGUGGGGCCAGAUCAUGACCCACGACAUGAGCAUGCAGGCGGGAGGCACGCAGUCGAAAAAACAUCCCACGCGUUGCUGCACUGACGAUGGACGAUUGAUUGGCUUGGACACCGCCCACAAGACCUGCUUCGCCAUUAUUGUGCCGCCCCACGAUCCAGCCUACUCCCAAGUGGGCACCGAGUGCCUCAAUUUUGUGCGCACCCUGACGGAUCGGGACAGCAAUUGUCAGUAUCGCGGCGGUCCGGCGGAGCAGAUCACGGUGGUCACCUCCUACUUGGAUCUCUCGCUGGUCUACGGCAAUUCCAUUCAGCAGAACAGCGAUAUCCGCGAGUUCCAGGGCGGUCGGAUGAUCGUGGAGGAGCGUAAUGGCGCCAAGUGGAUGCCCCUUUCCCGAAAUGUCACCGGCGAUUGUGAUGCCGUGGAUGCCAGCGAGGUGUGCUACCGCUCCGGAGAUGUGAGGGUCAACCAGAACCCGGGGUUGGCCAUCCUCCAGACGAUCCUACUGCGUGAGCACAACCGCAUUGCGGACCACUUGUCGGCUUUGAAUCCGCACUACGAUGAUCGCACGCUGUUCCAGGAGGCGCGCAAGAUCAACAUUGCCCAGUACCAACAAAUCAGUUACUACGAAUGGCUGCCCAUCUUCUUAGGGGGCGAAAACAUGCUCAAGAACCGACUGAUCUACAAGGCUCCGUCUGGAAGCUAUAUCAACGACUUCGAUCAUAACAUCGAUCCGUCCGUGCUGAAUGAACAUGCUACGGCCGCUUUCAGAUACUUCCACUCCCAGAUUGAAGGUCGUUUAGAUCUGCUGUCUGAGCUGCGACAAGUUCUCGGAUCCCUGACCCUCAGCGACUGGUUCAACCGUCCCGGCAUUAUCGAGGUGGGAGAUAACUUCGAUUCCCUGACCAGAGGACAUGCCACACAGCCUGAGGAGCUGACGGAUAUCAACUUUGAUAGACAGAUCAAGCACUUCCUGUUCAGAAGGAACAUGCCUUUCGGCUCGGAUCUGCGUUCUCUGGACAUUCAGCGCAAUCGCGAUCACGGCUUGGCCUCCUACAACGACAUGAGGGAAUUCUGCGGACUUAGGCGAGCCCAUUCGUGGGAGGAGUACGGUGACCUGAUCAGCCCCCCCAUUCUGGAGAAACUGAAGUCGCUGUACUUAAGUCACGAAGACGUGGACCUGACUGUGGGCGCCUCGUUGGAGGCCCACGUGGCCGGAGCGUUGGCAGGACCCACCUUCCUUUGCAUCCUGACCGAACAAUUCUACCGAACCCGUGUGGGCGAUCGGUUCUUCUUCGAGAAUGGAGACAAACUCACCGGAUUCACUCCCGAUCAACUGGAAGAACUGCGAAAGGCGAGUAUGGCUCGUUUACUGUGCGACAAUGGCAACCACAUUUCAUCUAUGCAGCCCGAGGCUUUCAGGACUGUCUCCCAUUCGAAUCCCAUCAUGCCGUGCUCGAAUAUUCCACAAGUCGACCUCACCAAGUGGAUUGAUCAAAAGCCAUAUGCCGCGGUAGAUCCGUCCGUUCAUUACGGAAAGAAGUGAUUCCCGGCACUUUGAUCGGCGAUCUAUUAUUAACUAGUUGAAUACAAAAUACCUUUAGCUUAAUCAGUAACAUAAUCAUAAAUGCAAUCGCCCCUACCCUUUGUAUAAUAAUUUCCCAAACUGAUGUACAGAAAUAAAGAC